CCGCAACCCGAUCACAGUGCAGUCGACCUGGAAGGAGCACUGUUCCCCCAAUUCCACCUGCCCCCUCCAACCUACUUACCACCGACGACCGGUGCUAUUCUCUUUUCCUUGGGUUAGACGAAAUAUCCUUCUUCUGACCCGUCAUCAUGAGCUUCCUGGGCUCGCGGAGCUUGGCUCCCGCCAACAAGGUUUCCCGCAUCUUGAGGGAUCAGAGACGUCUCUUCUCUUCUUCACGGCCUGCUGCUCGGCUCUGGACCCCCGGCCCUCUUCGCGCAAAGGCUGCCGAAGGCUUGAUCUCCGAGAAGUACCCCGUCAUUGAUCACGAGUACGAUGCCGUUGUCGUUGGUGCCGGUGGUGCCGGUCUGCGUGCUGCCUUCGGUCUGGCCGAGGCUGGCUUCAACACUGCUUGUGUUUCCAAGCUUUUCCCUACUCGUUCGCACACUGUCGCCGCUCAGGGUGGUAUCAAUGCCGCUCUUGGAAACAUGCACGAGGAUGACUGGAGAUGGCACAUGUACGAUACCGUGAAGGGUUCGGAUUGGCUGGGUGACCAGGAUGCGAUUCACUACAUGACCCGUGAGGCUCCCGCCUCCGUCCGCGAGCUGGAGGGCUACGGUUGCCCCUUCUCUCGUACCGAGGAUGGCCGUAUCUACCAGCGUGCUUUCGGUGGUCAGUCCAAGGAGUACGGUAAGGGUGGCCAGGCCUACCGUUGCUGCGCUGCCGCUGAUCGUACCGGCCACGCUCUUCUGCACACUCUCUACGGCCAGUCUCUGCGCCACAACACCAACUACUUCAUCGAGUACUUCGCCCUCGAUCUCCUGAUGGAGGAUGGUGAGUGCCGUGGUAUCAUUGCUUACAACCAGGAGGAUGGUACUCUGCACCGUUUCAAGGCCCACCACACCGUCUUGGCUACCGGUGGUUACGGACGUGCCUACUUCAGCUGCACCUCCGCCCACACUUGCACUGGUGACGGUAUGGCCAUGGUUGCCCGUGCCGGUCUCCCCAACCAGGAUCUGGAGUUCGUCCAGUUCCACCCUACCGGUAUCUACGGUGCCGGCUGCCUGAUCACCGAGGGUUCUCGUGGUGAGGGUGGUUACCUGCUCAACUCUGAGGGUGAGCGUUUCAUGGAGCGUUACGCCCCCACCGCCAAGGAUCUGGCUUCUCGUGACGUUGUGUCCCGUUCCAUGACCCUUGAGAUCCGCGAGGGCCGGGGUGUCGGUCCCGAGAAGGACCACAUCUACCUCCAGCUGAGCCACUUGCCCGCCGAGCUGCUCCACGAGCGUCUGCCCGGUAUCUCCGAGACCGCUUCCAUCUUUGCCGGUGUCGAUGUCACCAAGCAGCCCAUCCCCGUCCUCCCCACCGUCCACUACAACAUGGGUGGUAUCCCCACCAAGUACACCGGUGAGGUCAUCGACGUUGAUGAGAACGGCAACGACAAGGUUGUCCCCGGUCUGUACGCCUGCGGUGAGGCCGCCUGUGUGUCUGUCCACGGUGCCAACCGUCUGGGUGCCAACUCCCUGCUCGAUCUGAUUGUCUUCGGUCGUGCCGUGUCCCACCGUGUCCGCGACAUUGCAUCCCCCGGCAAGCCCCACAAGGAGCUCGCUUCCGAUGCUGGUGCUCAGUCCAUCAAGGACCUUGACUUUGCCCGUACCGCCGAUGGCCCCAAGUCUACCAACGAGGUCCGCAGCGCCAUGCAGAAGGCCAUGCAGACUGAUGUCUCCGUCUUCCGUACCCAGGAGAGCUUGGACGAGGGUGUCAAGCGUGUGAGCGAGAUUGACCAGUGGUACGGCCAGGUUGGCACCAAGGAUCGCAGCAUGAUCUGGAACUCUGAUCUUGUUGAGACCCUUGAGCUCCGCAACCUGCUGACUUGCGCUACCCAAACCGCUCUGGCUGCCUCCAACCGCAAGGAGUCUCGUGGUGCUCACGCCCGUGAGGACUUCCCCGACCGUGACGACGAGAACUGGAUGAAGCACACCCUCACCUGGCAGAAGGAGGCUCACGGCAAGGUCGAGCUUGGCUACCGUGCCGUUGAGGCCAAGACCCUGGACGAGAACGAGUGCAAGCCCGUUCCUCCCUUCAAGCGUGUCUACUAAGCCCGUGACUGAACGGGUGUCUUUUCUUAGAUGAGGCGAGAAUACCACGGAUUUGUUUCAGACGAUCGGCAGAGGAAUCCCUGGUCUUCAUACCUUACUAUUCUGAUGAGCCUUGGUGACUCGUCGUGGCGUCGAGGAAGGAGUCCAUGAAAAGAGCAUGUUUCUUAUUUGACUGUGUGUUAUUUACCAUCCUGUAUAGCCAUAUUUCUUGAUUUCCUUUAUCCUACAGGCGAAGAGUCGGUGUACUGAGUUUUUCCCUCAGUUUUGUCUCAUAUCACUUGAAAUUUUCUUUCUGUUCUCAGUCUAGUGCCUCUAUCCAUACUUUGUAGAAACAUUCCUAUUUGCUUGAUCUCAUGCGAAAUAAGGAACGUCCCUCUUAUCCUCCGUCGUCUCUUGAACCCCAUCGGCCUCCUCUGAUUUCCAUACUGGGUUCAG